UGGCCCCGCCCCGGGGGCCCAGCCCACUGGGCGCGGACCAGGCUCCGAGGAUGGGAUCCUCGGCCGGCCGCUGAGCCGGGCCCCCUGCCCACCCCGAGUCGUCGCUACCCGCGGGCCCCCGGAAUCAGAGGCCAGCGACGCCAUGGCUUCGGACCUGGAGAGCAGCCUGACCUGUAUCGACUGGCUCCCCCAGCUGACCCUGCGCGCCACCAUCGAGAAGCUGGGGGGCUCGGCGCCGGGCGGGGCCCCGGGCGCAGGGGGAGGCCGCAAGUGCACCCCCGGCUCGCCUCCGGACCCCGGCGCCGUGCUCAGCAAGGACGAGGUGGCCGUGCACCAGGACGGGAAGCCGCGCUACAGCUACGCCACUCUCAUCACCUGCGCCAUCAACUCCUCCCCCGCCAAGAAGAUGACCCUAAGCGAGAUCUACCGCUGGAUCUGCGACAACUUCCCCUACUACAAGAAUGCCGGCAUCGGCUGGAAGAACUCCAUCCGCCACAACCUGUCUCUGAAUAAGUGUUUCCGCAAAGUUCCACGACCUCGCGAUGACCCCGGGAAGGGCUCGUAUUGGACGAUCGACACCUGUCCCGACAUCUCCCGCAAGAGGCGACACCCUCCUGAUGAUGAUCUGUGCCAGGACUCUCCUGAGCAGGAGGCCAGCAAGAGCCCGCGAGGUGGGGUCCCAGGCAGCGGAGAUGCUUCUCUGCCCCCUGAAGGGAAUGCCCAGAUGCCCCUGCAGUCACCUCCCACUAUUGCCAGCUACAGCCAGGGCUCCGGAUCCACAGAGGGCACGGGGGUGGCUGCAGGGGGUCCUGGCCGAGAUGGGACAGAGGGACCCCCGCCCCUCUACAAUGCCAACCACGACCUCAAGUUCUCCUACUCGGAGAUCAACUUCCAGGACCUCAGCUGGUCGUUCCGUAACCUCUACAAGUCCAUGCUGGAGAAGUCUUCCUCUUCUUCCUCCUCCCAGCACGGCUUCUCCUCUCUUCUGGGAGACAUGCAGCCCUCCAGCCACAACUACUACAUGUACCAGCAGCAGCCCCAGCCGCCGCAGCCACCGCCGCAGCCACCGCCGCCGCAGCCGCCUCCCCCUGGCCCAUCCUCGGUGGGGGCCGCCCCCGCCCUCCACACCCCGAGCCCAGAUACUUGCCCGGCGCCCGGGGGGAAGCGGUCAGGCGUGGACGGCUACGGGCCACCCCCUGUGAUGGCUCUGCACCCGGGUUCCCUGCCUCACCCCCACCCAGGGGGCUUCCACCCCCACCCGCACCACCCGCACACUCACCCUCCCCAGCCCCAGCCCCAGCCCCAGCCGCCGGCCCAGCCCCAGGCCCCCAUCAACAGCUCGGGCUUCGCCUUCCCCCCAGACUGGUCCUCCAACAUCGACUCUUUGAAGGAGAGCUUCAAGAUGGUCAAUCGGCUCAACUGGUCCAGCAUUGAGCACUCCCAGUUCUCAGAGCUGAUGGAGAGCCUGCGACAGGCAGAGAGGAAGAACUGGAGUCUGGACCAGCACCACAUUGCCAAUCUCUGCGACUCUCUGAACCACUUCCUCACCCAGACCGGGCACCUGCCACCCCCCGGGGGCCCCCACCAGCCACCACCCUCCACCCGCCUCACUGACUCCUGUGCCCUCACUGGUGGCAAGCAAGACACGGCCCUGACCCAAGUGAACUCCUAUGGGCACCCUCAGGCCCCUCACCUCUACCCUGGCCCAGCACCUAUGUACCCUGUCCAGAGCCAGGACUCUCCAGGAUACAACCGCCCCGCACACCACCUGGCACCCCGGCCGCCUGGCCCCAACGAGGAGAUCCACGACGACUUUGACUGGGACUUGAUCACUUAGCGACUGUUCGUCGUGGCCCCACCCCGGCCUGGGGUGCUGGCUCAUGGGGAAGGGGACCAGGGAUGGCCCCUACUUCGCUCCUUCCCUAUUACCUGUAAAUAGAUAUAUAACUCCCCCCCUCCCCACUCUCUUCUUCUCUGGAGAAGUCCCUGCAAAAUGCUGCCAUGAUAAACUCCAAUCUAGCGUCCUCUUCACCCUGCCUUCCCCUCCCUCCCUCUUAUUCUUUUAUUAUUGUUAUUAUUAUUGUUAUUAUUAUUAUUAUUGGUUCUUAUGCUGUUCUUCCCCUCCCCUUACCUGGACUAACACUAGCUCCCACCAAUCUCCAGCCUGUAGGUUGGUUCCUAGGACCCUGAUUGGCCCAGAGUGAUGCAGUGCUGGGGUGGAACUAAUCCCACUUCUCAGCUCAGGACUGGCUAUUGCCUCUGCCAAUCCUCGGGGCACCGUGGGGGAUGGGGCAUGCUAGCUGAUGGGAGGGGGCUAGCUUUUGAUUGGCUGCUCCCAGUCAUGUAGAGGGGGCUUGGGGACCAGCGGUUGGAGGCGAUUGGGUCAGGGAGGGGCAGGGGUGAGCUGGAAUUCUGGCCAGGAUGGCCUGGUCUGGCCCACCUCAGCCCACCCCAUCCAGUAGGGAGUCACAGUGGUCCCUGGCUCAGGAUUCUGCCCUGUCCAGCUGUCAGAAGGAGGGGGCUGACCCCGGGGGGGGAGUCUCCACCCUCUUAGGAGGGGUUCAAGACCAGAGAACCCUUUCCUCACUCCUCUUUAUGGCCACAGGAGCCCAUUUGCAGCUGCAGACCGCCCCCCCCCCCCACCUUCCCGCCCCGCCUAAUUUGGGAUCUGCCUCUCCUUUCCUACCCCCUCCUCCCUCCCUCUGCCUCCCCUCCCCAGGCUCCCGGGGAUGGGAUCUGCAGAGGAAAUGAGGGGAUCCAUCGAGGUACGGAGGGGACCCCAUCCCUUCCUCGCCCCGCUCUCCCAUCCUCACUCAGUCCCCUCUGGUCAGAAGGAGAGGGAGCGGCAGUUGGGCAGGGGGGCGGUGUGCAUUGGGGUGGGGGGUGGUCCCGGGGACCUGGCCCCUAGCAGAUGUUUCCCAGAUUGGGCCUGGAGGGGAGUAAAGUCCAGGCAGGCGGGCAGGGCCCGCACAGCGAGGUUUGGGGGGCACCCUCUCAACACGGGGUAGGGAGAGUGGCCCAGUGGCUCCCUGACCAGGAGGCCUGACUUGCUUUGUCCUGCUCAAGAGAGCAAAGGGCCAAGGAUCGUGAGCCUUUUAAGGGCAAGUGCAGUGGCUUGUUGCAUAUGCAAAUGUGUGUCACCAUCAUUCUCCAAAAUAAUAAUAAUUAUGGUAUUUGUUAAGCACUUACUAUGUGCCAAGCACUGUUCUAAGCGCUGGG